AUGGCGGAUAAAGUGUGUGGCUGUAAUGUUGUUACAUCAGCCGGAGUUGUGACAAGUCUUCAAUUGGUCGUUUUGGUAUUGACGCUCUCAUCGAGUGGCCUGAUUUUGGACAGGGAUCAUUUGUGGCAGGCGAUUUAUCCGAGAACACAGUAUAAUGCGACAGCGCAAGCUGCGGCGGUAGGUUUCGGGGAAAAUCUGGAAGGGAAAUGUUUAGGAAUCAAAAAAUGUAGAAAUUUGCCCUUUUGCCCUCUGAUCACGUUUUAUGACUUUUCAUACUUUCGAAAUUACAAAAUUUAUAAAAAUUCGUAAAAAAUCACUGUUUUAAAAUAUUUCUAAAUUUUAGGAAGGAUUUUUGCGGAAAUUUUUUACUUUUAUAAAAAUUUGAAGUUAUGAAAAAAUUCCAAACGUUUUGAUUUACUUUAAAAAAAUGAAACUCAAAAGUUUGUUCCAUUUGAUUUGUUUGUCUACAGUAACUUGAACUGAUAUACAGUAUUCACAUUUCACCUUUUCACUUCUUCUUUGUUUCAGAACGGAACUCUGAAAUUCAACGCAACAAAUUGGGCUCAAGCGUGGGUUGAAUUGGGCCAAGCGUGGUACGUUGGAUUUGGUUCCUAUUGGCUCUUCUCAAUUUUGAUCUUGGUUUUAUCUUUCAAAUAUUAUCGACCAGUUUUUGUGAUUCCCAAUUUCACAGCUCUUGUUGUUGGAUGCUUUAUGAAUCUUUUUGAGUUCGGUGAGUUUAAGGCCUGUGAAAAAUAAAGAUACAUUUCUUAUUCCAGCCGUUUUACUCGCUCGAAUCCUUGUUGUCUCCAAAGACUAUCGAACUGAUGAAUAUGAAGAAGUUAUUUAUAUUUAUGUGAUGGGUCUUUCGCUUUUCGCAUUCAUUUGCUGUAUAUUUUUUAUUAUUUUCAUCUCAAAAUAUCACAAAUUUCUUCGUAAUCGAUAUGGCCAUCAAGUUCCGAAAUUUGUGCAAUCAAGAGCAAGAACCGGUUAUCACGAUGAGGCAUAUUAA